GCGUCUCUGCCAGUGAGCAGCAAAACAACAUUACCGCGAAAAGGACGAGAGGCUCAAGUUACACCAGAAGAAAACAGACCAAGAGUCUCAGGCUGUUUGAGCAGGUGGGAAGCCCGGUGUGGAAGUCGUGAGACCAUGGCCGCCGAAGCUGCGCCGAUGUGGGAUGAGCGCAAGGCCUACGAGGAGCUGCUGUACUGGGACAGCCUGAUCCAGCAGGGCCACCGCCUCCUCCCUCACGACUUUGACAGAUAUGAGGAUCUGCGUUACUGGUACGACUGCCUGUGCUACGAGGAGGAGCUGAGACAGUACCACGACUACAUCAGUGCCAUUGAAGAGAUUGAAGACAAGCGGACACAAGAGGCAGCUGCAGCUCGCCAGAUACCCCUACGGCCAUAUGACCGCCACGUGAUGGCCAAACACUCUGCAGUGUACCCGUCCUCCGAGGAGCUGGAGGCGGUACAGACCAUCAUCUCCCAUGUGGAGUGUGCCCUCAAGGUCGUCUCCGACCAGCUGGAUGAGCCGAAAAAGGUUGAAGAAACUCCAGAGGCAGGAAGUGCUGAUUCGAAAGAUCGUGUCCUGCGUGGGGUCAUGAGGGUGGGCCUGGUGGCCAAAGGACUCCUGCUGAAGGGGGACUUGGAUCUGGAGCUGGUGCUGCUUUGUUCCAACAAGCCUACCGUCACUCUGCUCCAACAAGUGGCGGAAACACUAACUGAGCAAUUAAAGGUUGUUACAGAGGAAAAAUAUGAAGUAAUCCAGAACCUGGAGGAUGCAGCCAUUGUUGUGAAGAGCACAAAAGAGUUGGCCCUGACUCUCACGAUCCACCUGACAUCACCUCUGGUCAGGACGGAGCAGGACAGUGAAGCUCCUGAAGAAGAAACGCGAACAGUCAUCGAUCCGCCAGACGUUCUGGACAGGCAGAAAUGCCUAACUGCCUUGGCGUCUCUCCGCCACGCCAAAUGGUUCCAGGCCAAAGUCAGUGAACUGAAUUCUGCCGUCAUCGUGAUCCGGCUGAUGAGGGACUUGUGUAACCGUGUUCCCACCUGGGCACCGAUAUCAGGAUGGCCUCUCGAACUCCUGGUUGAGAAGGCCAUCGGUACGUCUGAAAGGCCAAUGGGGGCAGGCGAGUCCUUCCGCAGAGUUUUAGAGUGUGUUGCCUCUGGAAUCCUCCUGGAAGAUGGCCCUGGAAUUAAAGAUCCAUGUGAGAGAGAAAGUGUUGACGCCAUCACAGGUAUUACACUACAGCAGCGUGAAGACAUCACACAGAGUGCUCAGCAUGCCUUGAGGCUGUGUGCCUUUGGACAAGUGCACAAAGUACUUGGGAUGGACUUUGUCCCUGCAAAACCACGGAAAUUAAUGGGAUCCAACAUGAAAGUGGACACAGGUUCAGUCCAGGUUCCACCUGUUGGGAACAUAAGCCUGCCAGCUAAGAGACCGUACACGGAGGUGGAAAAAGGGGCGGAUGAAUCCCAACUCAACAGCAAGCAGAGAAAGUUUCUCAAGUUCCAGAAGCAUCAACGCUUUCAGAGGAAAUCAUCACAACAGUGUUUGACCCUGCCGAUGGAAAUUUGGGAUACUAUGGAAAAAAAUGUUUGUGAUGAUUUGAGCAUGAAUGCUGUUAUGCGUCUGAACCAGUACAAGCCUGGUCUGGAAUACCGGCUCACAUCUCAGACAGGCCCAGUCCACGAGCCGGUCUUCACCAUGGCUGUGGAGUUAAAUGGGAAGACCUACGAGGCCACGGGGCCUUCUAAACGAGCUGCCAAGCUGAAUGUAGCCACCAAGGUCCUGCAGGAAAUGGGUCUACCGACUGGUUCAGAGUCCAAAUCAGAGUCCAGUGGCGCAGGCAGUGGGGCUCAGAAGUCGGGAAACGUUGCUACCACAGGCUCUACAUCAGAAGAGAAUAACCAGGGUCCUAUCUUGACCAAGCAUGGGAAGAACCCUGUGAUGGAGCUGAAUGAGAAACGCCGCAGCCUGAAGUACGAGCUGUCUGCAGAGACAGGAGGCUCCCAUGAAAAGUGUUUCAUCAUGGAGGUGGAGGUCGAUGGCCAGAAGUUCAAAGGACGAGGCUCCAAUAAGAAAGAGGCGAAAGCCUACGCUGCCCUCGCUGCCCUGGAGAAGCUGUUCCCCGAUGACCGCAACAGUGCAUCCAACUACAGAGAUUCCUCAAAGAAGAAGGUCACCUACACUGACAUGCACAUCCCAGGAUUCGGCACCAUCCGCGGCAUUCCUUCAGACCCGGGGUCCCACAACUGGGGCCACGGCAGAGGCCGAGGCCGGGGCCGGGGCAAACACAUCCCUGGAGGAAACAGCUAUAACAAAACCAACUACAAUUACGGGAGCAGUUCUGGGCCAGGCUAUCAUAAGCUUUAUGAUAACACUCCAGGUGGAGCCAACAGCGCAUCCAAAGGGUCAGGCCCCUCUGCUUUAGGUGACAUGUCUGGCUAUGGCACCUUCUACCCUGAGGGAUGCACCUACUCCGCCCCACCCAUGGCCGGUGCAGCACCCUCUGCGUCCGCCUCCUCGACAGCCAACAGCUACCACUCGAUGCCUCCUCCCAGCGACCAACAGAGCCCCUACAGCUACGGCUACGGAGAUGAGAAGAAGAAGAUGCUGACCCAAGGGAGUCAGGGGGGAGGUCACAGCAACCCCCAGGGCCAGGGAGACUACUCCAUGUACAGCACAGCCUACCCCAGCUCGGUGACAGGGGGACAAGUUUAUAAUAACAACUACGGUUGGGGAAACCAGUCAUCCUGGGAUAAUCAGCAGGGGUACAGCACGUACCAGGGCUUCGGAGGGCAAGACCAGACUUCCUAUUCUGGAUAUGGGAACACAAAUUAUUAGUAACUGAUGCAUUAUAGUAAUACAGUCUUUUUCAUCUGACCAUGCCGGCUUCUCAACCAGAAUCCUUCUCAAAUCUCUCACUCACCGCAGACUCACUGUUGAUCCCUGGACGCUGGUUUUGAAAAGAGAUAAAACAAUUUUCACUUAAUACCCAAUGGGGAUUGCUGCUUUUUUUUUUUUUUUUCUUCUUUUUUUUUUUGGUGUGUGUGUGUGUUACUGCUCUUGUAACUCACUUGUCAGUUGGUUUUGCAAUGGGUAAAAUAAUGUGAAUCUUGUUUGUUACAGGAGCAAAGCUAUCUCGGAUAAUCUUUUGUCUUUAACAGCCCCAUCAUCCCCAGGUUGUUGUGAAUGUAAAAAACAUGUUUAUUUUGUCCUAACAUUUUUUUUUGCCAUGGUUUUAAGUAGUGGGGCUCUUGUUUUAUAAGUUAGUGUAUUAGUACUGUCAGUAUGUUAUGGUGAUUAUUUUGCCUGGAAUUUUGAACUGAGGAUGUGUUUAUUUCUGUGUCAGAGUUGUAAAAUGCUCUAAUCUUGGUAAAAUAAAUUUUGUUUAUUUUGGA